AUGUCCCUCCCCCUGCUGCUCCUCUCCUUCCUCCUGCCGACACCGGGCCGGACUCAGGCCGGACCUCAGUUCGACCUGUGUGGCUCUCUGCGCAGCUCGGAGGCGGGGCCAGGGUGGGAAUACUACGCUUGUCAGCCGCCGCCCACAAACAUGAAAGAAGUUAUGCAGAUCAGAGUCGACCCCCCAGGGAUCACAUGUGGAAACCCACCUGAGAGAUUCUGUACACUGGAAAACCCGUAUCUGUGCAGCGAUGAAUGUGACGCGUCCAGCCCUGACCUGUCUCACCCUCCUCAGCUCAUGGGAGACAGGGAGAGGGGAGGACUCAUCACCUAUUGGCAGACAGUCACAUGGUCCAGGUAUCCUGAGCCACUAUUGGCCAACAUCACUCUGUCCUGGAACAAGAGUCUGGAGGUGGUUGAUGACAUCACCAUCACCUUUGAGUACGGUCGUCCAACCAGCAUGGUUCUGGAGAAGUCUCUGGACAAAGGGCUAACGUGGCAGCCGUAUCAGUUCUACGCUGACGACUGUCUUGAGAUUUUCGGCAUGUCUCCUAAACGAGUGUCUGAUUUAACUUGGAGUAAUUUAACCCGGGUCAUCUGCACGGAGCAGUACUCCCGCUGGGUUGGAGCCAAGGAAGAGAAGGUGGUGGUGUUUGAGGUGCGAGCUCGGUUCGGGGUGUUUGCAGGUCCGAAGUUGAUCAACAUGGACGCUCUGUACACCCGAAUGGAGACGAUAAAAGGUCUGAGAGACUUCUUCACCUUCACCAACCUCCGCCUGAGACUCCUUCGCCCAGCACUCGGAGGGACAUACGUCCAGAGAGACAACCUGCUCAAGUACUUCUACGCCAUCUCCAACAUCGACGUACCUGCCAGGUGUAAGUGUCACCUUCAUGCGUCUCGGUGUUUGAUGCGUGACGCGACUCUUCAGUGCGACUGUGAACACAACACGUCGGGUCAGGACUGUCAGAGCUGCAGUGACGGGUUCAGAUCCUGGAGACCUGGAUCUUAUCUGCCUCUGCCCAUGGGCACUGCCAACACCUACAACACUGACUCCAUACUUUUUGGGACGGAUACUACCAACCUGAUCACCAGCACUUCCCUAUUUGCUGAUGGCACCAGAUCCACCGGAAUAUUCCACCCGUGGAUGAACCUCCGCCUGAUGUACCUCCACCUGAUGAACCACUUCCUGAUGAACCACUUCCUGAUGAACCACUUCCUGAUGAACCACUUCCUGAUGAACCACUUCCUGAUGUACCUCCACCUGAUGAACCACUUCCUGAUGAACCACUUCCUGAUGAACCUCCGCCUGAUAAACAACUUCCUGUUGAACCUCCGCCUGAUAAACAACUUCCUGUUGAACCUCCGCCUGAUAAACCACUUCCUGAUGAACCUCCGCCUGAUAAACCACUUCCUGAUGAACCUCCGCCUGAUAAACCACUUCCUGAUGAACCUCCGCCUGAUGUACCUCCCCCAGCUGACUCCAGAAUCUCUGAUAGAUGUAACCCCUACAAAUACAGAAACUGUAGAGUCUUUGCCGUCUCCCUCUGAGGAAGGAGGCAGUGAUUCUGCACCAGGAACAAGCACCUUAGGUCCGACUGAUCCCGCUGCUGCUGAGACCAAAGAUGAAACAAGGAAAGAAAAAGAGGAAAUACCGAAGGAGAAAGAUGACAAAGGCUACGAGAAAAAAGCGACCCAGAAGAUUCUGAUUCCAGGAGGAUCAAAGUUCAGUCAACUGUCCAAAAUCGCCUAUGUCACCUUCCAGGAGUGCGAGUGUAACGGACACUCCAACCGCUGCAGCUACAUCGACUUCAUCAACGUCGUCACAUGUGUGAGCUGCAAACACAACACACGAGGACAGAACUGUCAGUACUGUCGCCUUGGUUACUAUAAAAACGCUUCGCUGUCGCUAGAGGAUGAGAACGUCUGUGGGGAGUGCGACUGUGAUGCAGAGGGAAGUAUUUCUCCUCACUGCUCUGACUCUGGUCUCUGUCAGUGUAAAGACCGAGCCACAGGGAGGCGCUGUGACUCCUGUUUACCUGGAUACACAUGGAGAGGAGGCGGAGCCAUCUGCACAGUGAACAUUUGUGACUCCGAACGUUUGAUUUGUCAAAACGGAGGAACCUGCGUGGACUUCCAGCGCUGCGUCUGUCUGGAGAACUUCACAGGUUCACUCUGUGAGCAGAGCAUCUGUCUGAAGAAGACCGGUUGCCUUGACAACGCUGAGGGAUCCUCCUGCUCUCUGACUUCCCACCUCUACCUGCUGGUCCUGAGUCUGCUCAUGUCUGCCUUCUGA